CGCUGUCGUAAAUUUCGAAACUGGCGUUGCUGGAGUCUCAAAAGAGUUUUCUGUUCCUAUCACAUAUCAAGAAAUGGCGUUGUCGAAAGUGUUAUUAUUGAUAUCUGCUGCUACAGGAAUACAAUACAGCGUAACACCUCCAACGGCACGGCCCUCAACCGAAGAACGCUUGAAACCAGGAGGAUGGGAGGUAGCUGCGCCAUAUUUGCACGUUGUAGUCAAGGGAAUUUAUUGGGCGCUCACUCUAUGUGAAAUAGCCGUUGCGUGCGCUACUUCAUAUCCUUCGUCUGCAAUCUCUCAGACAAUUCUUAAUGGGUUAAUUCAUGGCUCAAACUCUCUGCAAGCACUGCAGCGAAUGCACCAAAUGCCGCAGUUUCUCAUUGGAACAUGUUGCAUUUUAACUGGUAGCUUCAUCCGCACCCGAUGUUAUCGGACACUGGGCAGAAUGUUCACCUUCGAACUAAGCAUUCGCAAGACGCACAAGCUAGUCACAUCUGGACCAUACUCAAUCGUACGACAUCCCAGCUACACGGGUGCCAUCCUCGUAGGCGCCGGUAUAGCGUUCUGCCAUCUAAACCGUGGAUCAUGGCUGGUAAUCUGUUCUGGGUUAUUCCCAGAAGAUCCACGUACUCUGAAGCAUGUCCUGUACGUGUUGUGGGGCGCAUUUAUGACACCUGCUUGCAUUGCAAUGAAUGGAAGGAUGAAAAAAGAGGAUGCCAUGCUUGAAAAAGCGUUUGGACAAGAAUGGCGAGAUUGGGCAAAGAGGGUUCCUUACUGGAUGAUUCCAUACAUCUAUUGAUUUGAUAAUUGAUUCAAUAGUUGCGGUGAGAAUAUGAUGUUUGUU